CUUUUGAUUACAAACUCAAAAUUCGAAAAAGGAAAUUAUUGUGCCGCAGAACCCACAUCAGAUGAUAACCUCCAUAACCUUAUUAAAGUUUUCUCGUCUAAAGUUCUGUUAAAAAAUGUAUUUUUGUAAACUUUGUAGAUAAUUAUAAAAAUAUAUAAAAUAUACAAAUUUUAUUAUAUACACAUAUAUAUAAAUCCUUAGUUAUUCAUUGAUAAACGUUCCUUCACCCCGACAGACAACGUUUAUCCAGUAACUUUACAAAAUGCAAACGCCAACUAAAAUUAAUAUUCCUAAACAUAUUGAUAUUGGAAGACUAAUUGGUCGUGACGGACGUAAUCUAAAACCCAUUGCUAAGAAAACUGGCACAUACAUUAGUGUAAACACCAUUGCGAUACCAGCAAAAUUUGAAAUUAAACUUGAUAACAAAAGUACUCUUCCGCCAUCUAAAGAAAGAAUUAAAGAAGCAAUUGAUAAAUUGGAAGCGUUAUUAAAAAUAAAAGGCAAUGAGAUGCAAAGUCUUCCAGAGAAAAAAAAGAAAAAAGUUAGUAAUAAUUAUUAUAAACAUAAACAAUCAAAAGAAAUUGAAAUAGAAAGAAAAGAAAGAAAAACCUCUGAACGAGAAAUGAAGUAUAUGAUCAAAUCUCAUACUAAAUCUCAUGGACAAUGUAACAAGCAAAAGGCUAAGAGAGACGCUCCAUUAGCUGAAUAUUAAACCACGUCCACGCAAGAGAAAUAUCAUUUUGAAAAUUCAAUGUGCUGUAUGUAGUUUACAAUUCGUUUUGUAUAAUACUUUUUUUUAUUUUAUUAUCAGCUAUAUGUAUUUUUUAUAUAGUAAAUAAAUAAAAAUUUAUAUAUAUUCUCGUAUAAACUAAAAAAGAAUUUCACAAACCGUAAAAUUUAAAGAUUUAAGAAG